ACACAACCAAGAACAAAACCGAAUAGUUUCUAGCAGAAAUUAUAAUCAGAAGUUAAUUUUCACCAAAAACCGGGACAAUUCGUGUCCCAGAAAAUAGUAAUUAUCCGGGAUAGUCACCCAAAAAAGAGAUCAAUCCCAGAAAAUCCAGAGCCUAGCCUACUAGCCCACUGAGUGAAGACAAUCUUUUUCCCUCGGUAGGAAUAGGCCUAAUCUCACUUUCAGGGCUGGACUUUCUCCUGAAUGGACUUUGACCUAAGAGGCUAAUUUAUAGGCUACGCUACAAACCGACCUAACUUAACCUCAAUUGAUCGCGCUUUCCACUUUUCUUCUUCACAGCUGUAUUAAACGCACCGACAUGCGUGUAGCAGUUAUUGGUGCCGGAGUCAUUGGCCUCUCAACUGCUCAGAGCAUUUAUGAGCAGUACCAUGAGCGAGCUAGUCCACUGAUCAUAGAGGUGUACGCAGACCGUUUCACCCCUCUUACAACAAGUGAUGGAGCAGCUGGGUUUUGGCAGCCAUACCUCUAUGACAAGGGCAACAAUCAGGAGAUGAAAUGGAACAAGGACACCUUUGAUUAUCUGCUAAGCUUCCUGCGUUCACCAGAUGCUAUACAAAUGGGUAUCUUCCUUCAGUCUGGCUACAACUUGUGUACAGAGUCAGCCCCUGAGCCUUCAUUUAAAGACAUUGUGCUGGGUUUUCGUCAGUUAACGGAGCGGGAGUUGGAGAUGUUCCCUGGCUAUAGUCAUGGAUGGUUCAACACUGCACUUAUGGUUGAGGGAAAGACCUACUUACCAUGGCUUAUGGACUGGCUAAUACAAAGAGGUGUAAAGUUUUGCCACAGGAAGAUAAAUUCGUUUCAGGAGUUGGCUGACAGUGGUUUUCAAGUCAUUAUUAAUUGUACCGGAAUGCGAUCUGGAGAGCUGCAGCCUGAUCCACAGCUCCAGCCAGGACGAGGUCAGAUCAUUAAGGUGGAUGCUCCUUGGCUUAAGCAUUGGAUUCUCACACACAACUUCGCAAAAGGCACUUAUAACUCACCUUACAUAAUACCAGGGAGUCGUUUGGUGACUGUGGGAGGAAUCUUCCAGUUGGGGAACUGGGAUGAGGCAAAUAACUCCAUUGAUCACAAGAAGAUAUGGGAGGAGGCCUGCCAGCUGGAGCCCAGUCUUAAUCAUGCACGAAUUGUAGAGGACUGGACAGGGCUAAGACCUGUGCGCAGCAGUGUUCGACUCGAAAGGGAGUCUAUUCAGUCUGGUCCAGUCACAUUUGAGGUUAUCCACAACUAUGGCCAUGGAGGCUAUGGGCUUACUAUUCAUCGUGGCUGUGCCCAAGAGGCUGCAAGACUUUUUGGGGAGAUCCUGAAGCUGAAACAAUGGGAGAAAAAGUCACAUCUUUGACCCAGCAGACCAACAAAGCAGCAUUACGUUGAUAUUUUAAUGUUAACAUAAGUGAAAAUGAAGGUUUUAUAGAAGGUUUUAAAGAUUAACACAGAAUUAUUGUUAUUGAGACACAUGAACCAAACAAACUGGUAAACAUGGGGAAAUUGAAGUAGAGUAAAUCUCAAUAAGAAAUAAUUCCAUCGGUUUUUAGAUGAAAAUAAUAUCUUAAGUUGCAACAUUAAUUUAAUUAUGUUGUUUAGAAUGAUGUAACAUGGAAUUUAAGAGAACUAAGAAAGUAUUAUGGGGGUCAUCAUCAUAUUCAGGUGUAUACUUUACUUACUGUACCGAUGGAGUGUUAAAAGAGCUGUAUAGAUAAAAAAAAAUCAUCUGAAAUUGAUCAGCAAAUUAA